AUGGCCAAUCUGCUGCAGUUUGCCUACCGAACCCAAAAGGCUGUCGGUCUUUUCAAUGCCGGCUGGCUUGACAAGGCUUCCGCCUCUCCUGCUCCAACCGCUGGAGAGCCUGCGCCUUACUCUCCAGUCCCUGGGUUUGACAAGUACGAAGGGAACUCCCGGUGCUGUGUGUACUCUCCGUGUGGCCGAUACUUCGCCUGGGCCUCUAAUGAUGGCGUGAGCGUUAUUGACGCCACUACUGGCAACGUGGUGACCUCGCUGCCUGGCUUGGCUCUGGUCAACGAGCUGGGUUUUUCCCCCUUGGGAACCUUCCUCACCACCCUGGAACGCCCGUCCAAGGACGAGGCUGGCGAUGCCACAAAGAAUCUGAAGAUUUGGCGUAUUAUUGAGGAUCUCCCCGAGGGAACAGCUAAGGCGCCCUUGGGACAGUUUGUGCAAAAGUCGCAGAACGAGUGGAAUCUGCAGUACACAGCUGAUGAGCAAUUCUGUGCUCGUCUCGUGACCAACGAGGUCCAGUUCUACCAGAGUCAUGACCUCAAGACGGUCUGGAACAAGUUGAGAGUCGAGGGCGUGUCGGGCUUUGCGCUCGCAGCAGGAUCCUCCCACAACGUGGCAGUCUUCGUGCCCGAGAGAAAGGGACAACCUGCUACUGUCAAAGUCUUCAACGUGCCCCAGUUCGCAAGCCCCAUCUCUCAAAAGACCUUCUUCAAGGGUGACAAGGUCCAGCUGAAGUGGAACCUCCAGGGCUCAAGCCUGAUCGUGUUGGCUCAGACAGACGUCGACAAGUCCAACAAGAGCUAUUACGGAGAGACGACACUGUACAUGCUGAGUGCCAAUGGAGACUUCGAUGCUCGUAUCACCUUGGACAAGGAGGGUCCAAUUCACGACGUGUCGUGGUCUCCCACUGGCAGAGAGUUUGGCGUCGUCUACGGCUAUAUGCCUGCCAAGACAACUGUUUUCAACCACCGAGCCGUCGCACAGCGGUCCUUCCCUCUCGGUCCUCGGAACACCAUCACCUUCUCGCCUACUGGUCGUUUCGUGCUUGUCGCCGGCUUUGGAAACUUGGCCGGUCAGAUCGAUGUGUACGACCUCUCCAAGGACUACCGCAAGGUCUGCACCAUCGAGAGUGGGAACCCGAGCGUGUGCCAGUGGAGCCCUGACAGCACGUACAUCAUGACAGCAACGACGUCGCCGCGGCUGCGCGUCGACAAUGGUGUCAAGCUUUGGCACGUGGGCGGGCGCAUCAUGUACAACCAGGACAUGGAUGAAUUGUACAACAUCACUUGGCGCCCAGUGCCGGCCGACCAGCUGCCGAAGACCGUCGACCCACUGGCCGAGCCUGAGCCCCACGAGUCCGCCAAGACAUACCUCAGCACUGUCAAGACUCCUUCUAAGCCCGUCGGGGCGUACCGACCGCCUGGUGCUCGAGGAAGCAUGACGCCGCUCCAUUUCAAGCGCGAGGACGAGGGCGGCGCCGCGCACGUGAUGAGCAACGGCGGGCCUGCCCCUGCCCUCAAUGGAUUUGGCCGGGCGCGCCGCCAAGUUCCUGGGGCCGAGCUUUCUGAAAACACACUUCGUCCAUCGGUCCCCGGUGCUGAGGCCGCCGGCGAUGAAAACCUGUCCAAGACGGCGCUGAAGAACAAGAAGAAGCGCGGGAACAAGAAGGCGAAAGAUGUCGAGGGCCAGGCACCAGGUAACAACAACAAUCACAACAGCAAUGAGAGCGGGUUGGCUCCCCCGCCUCAGGGCUACGGGAGCGGAUCCGGUGGCGAAGACGGCCACCGCGAUCGUCGUGGUGGUCACCAGAACAACAAUAACAACAACAACCACUCCAGAAGUCAUUCCCGCCGACCUGCUGCCCCAGCACAGACAGGAGAGACCCCGGCAGCCAACCCGGCCCAAAGCGCCAAUGCCAAGAAGAUGAGGUCGCUCCAGAAGAAGCUUCGCGCCAUAGAGGAUCUCGAGUUUCGCUUGAAGCAGGAGGGAGCCAAGAGCCUUGAGGUCACUCAACUCAACAAGAUCGCGAGCAAGGACGGCGUCCUCAAGGAUAUUGACAAGCUGGAAGCUGAGAUGCAAAAGGGACAGUAAAGUCCAUCUCACUCUUACUAGGAAAACCACAUAGCUCGUAAAGACUCCUUGUGUACAAAUGGGCCUAUGAGCGACUAGGGGAACAAAGAAAGGACAUUGGGGCCUACAAAAAAGAAAACGUUUUCGGGGUGUUGUUUUUUGAUUGUUUUUAUUUUGGACAGGCAUUGGGCAUCUGUACUGACCGGACAUUAGAAUUAAGGGUAUUCUGCUGGUAGAGUAAAGGCCCUGGGGCGGAACAGAAGGAGAAAAGAGAGAGAGAAAAGAGAAGCAGCAGGCAUAGACUAUCGGGUAGAUAGCUACAAAAAUAUUCACUCUUG